AUGUUCGCUAAGACAUUUCUCAUUGUUACAGCCAUGGCUGCCACCAGCCUCGGUACCAAUCUUCAUGUUGAUGUUGGCUGCAUCAUGGUUGGCGGUACACACAAGCUGUGUGCAGACGACGGCGCGUAUUCGAUCAACGGCAAUACAGCUCAGAUUCUAUCCGACUAUGGUGAUGUCUACUGGAACAAGGAUGACUGCUUGGUGGACGCCGAGGGCUAUACUAUCCAAUGUGCCGAUUAA